GAAGAAGACGAAUAAGAAGUUGAAAAGGAGCAGCAAAGUGUAAUAAGCAAAAGCAAACAAAAGUGCAACUUUUUUUAAAUUUUAUAAAAGUGUGCUUGUGUCUGUGACUUUAAACCGGUUGUUAAAUGCGCGCUGCAACUGCAACAAUAAAUUCAAAAACAACAACAACAACAAUACCAGCAGCUAAGCAACGCCGUCAGCUUGCACAUUUUUUUUCGCUUGCCUGAUACAGGGACAACAAGAACAACAACAAUAACAGAAACACAAACAAAGACGAAGAGAGCGUAAUUGCUAAACUAUACCGUUAAGUUGGCAUCGAUAUUAAAACAGUUACAGAACAACAUCAACAACAACAACAGCUAACAUGGCCCUCUCCAUUGUAAGCCGUGGUCUAUUGCGUACUUCGAGAGAAAUCCUGGAACGCAAUAUGGCCGCAACGGUGGGCGCACUGCAGCAACAGCAGCAACCCAUCUCCACCUUGCCGCUUUCAGCGAGCGAUUGCAACAACAAUCGUCUGGUCAAAUCAUCAAAUGGCGCAACACACGGUGCGUGGAAUCUUAUGCAACGCCCUCCAGUCGUGCUGCAGAAUGUGCGCCAAUAUUCAAAGAAAACCGCCGGCGCAGCCACCCUGCGCCGCACGGACAGCGACAGUGACUCGGAUUCGGAUGAUGAGUUCGAGCGACGUCGCAAAAAUGCAAAUGUGAAGCGCAGCGAACGGGGCGAUUCAGAGUUCUGGCGCCGCAAAAUGCGCACCUUGCACCGCAUUAUGGAUGUCAAUCACGAUGGUGUCAUCUCGUACGAUGAUUUCACAUUGCUGGCCAAACGCUUCAGCGAUUUGGGCCAUUUGUCGGAGGAUGUGGCCGCCGAAUUUAACGAGGUGAUCAAACAAACAUGGGAGGAGCAAUUCGGGGAGAUAACACCAUAUAAUCUGGUAACUGCUGAGCAGUUCCUAACCGAUUUGCAUCAUCGACUGAACGACAAGAAAAUGGCCAAGCGCAUUGGACGCUUUUUGCCCUAUUUGUUUAAGGCCGUCGACUUUGAUCACACUGGCCACUUGGAUCUCGAACAAUAUAAGCUCUUCUUCCGCUGUCUGGGACUAUCUGAAGAGGAUGCUGCCAUUUCAUUCGCUGUGAUAGACAAGAAUGGCGAUGGCCAGGUGUCGCUCAAGGAGUUUGUACAUUUGGGCCGUCAAUUCUUUUUAACCGAAGAUGAUACCAAAAUAUCAAAAAUGUUCUGGGGUCCGCUGAUCACUGAUCAUUGACGCGUUGCAGUCACAGCUGUAGAUCAAAAUGUUCGCGAUGCAAACAACAAAACGAAGCCAAUGCUGCCAGCAACAACAACAACAACAACUACAACAACAACAACAACAACAACAACAACAACAACAACAACAACUAACUUAAAGAUUCCAACUCGCACGCAGACGGCGUGCGGCAGUUGGCGGUAUCUACAGCAUGUGGCGCUGCAUAAAUCGGGACCAUUCAACAGGCAAACGACAAUCGAAAGCAACAACAUCACCAGCAACAGCAACAGCUGCAACAGCAUCAACUUGAUCACAAUUAGAAAUAUGAGCAUUUACGAUUACUUACGUCAACAUUUCAAUGCGGCCGGCAAACGCAAUCGCCGCCGCUACUCGGACCGCGAUGACGAGCUGCCUCCGCCCUCGCCCAAGCUGCGCAAACACAACUACACCAACUACCAGCAGCAGCAGCAACAACAGCAGCAGCAGCAGCAGCAGCAGCAGCAGCAGCAACAGCAGCAGCAGCAAGGCAGUCGGAGCGAGGAGCAGAGCAGCAAGCAUGGGCCAAAUUCUACUAUGCAUAAUUAUGAUAUAAGAUUUUUUUUUUAUAUUAAUUCGCUUAUAUUAUUCACAAUGUCGUGCCGUCAAUAUGAGGGCGAUGAUUUAAAGCAUUUCAUUGUUUAUCACAUACGCGAAUUCGAUCGCAUACGGCGCAAGGCGCGAAAGCGACGCAAGCGCAAAAUGAAAACGCCAGCAACAGGAACAGCAACAGGAACAGCAACAGGAGCAGGAGCAGGAGCAGGAGCAGGAAGAAAAAGCGCAUUGCAAUUGUAAAAGCGAGCGCUGGGAAAUCUAUUUGCGGCGCACUUUCAAAUAAUACCAUGUACUACAAAUGAUAUAU